CUUGAAGAAUGGAAAGAAGUGUGGAAGAAAAAUGCGGAAGAUCUGGUGCUGAAGACGUUUCCUCAAAGGAUUAUGGAAAUCGACCAGUUGAUCAAUGUACGUGUUAUAGAUGAUUGGAUUUCUCUCUCUCGCACUAUAUGGAUCCCCGUUUUCAACUUAGCAGGUUACCGGACAUCGCGGUUAAAAUCAAUGUCCCGGUUCCUGACUUCAUUGGCUCGGGUGAUAAUGAGCUGUCCAUUACAUGUGCUGAAAUUUUCAGGCACGAAGGUGAUGGCAUUCAUCAACGGUGUUGUAUCGUCGAACAGUCAUAUCAUUGAAAUGACUGAAAUCGUCAAACCGGUGGUGCGUGAGGCGGUGGAAAGCGUGAACAAAGUGAAAAUGUGGAUAUUGUUCCUAAUUCCGCGCAUUGAAGACGGAAACAAUUUUGGCGUAUCGAUUCAGGAAGACACGUUGUCAGAAGUGCGAACCGUUGAAGCAGAAGCUGCUUCAUUUCUUGAUCAGAUUUCUCGCUACCUGGUAGCUCGCGGAAAGUUGGUGUCGAAAGUGGCCAAGUACCCACACGUGGAGGACUACCGCAAAGCCAUAGUGGAUCUUGAUGAAAAAGAAUUCAUCAACUUACGUCUGGUGUUGAUGGAAGUUCGCAAUCACUACGUGAGUGCAUAUCUCUUAGUUCUGCACUUUUUAUUUAAAGUCUCGAAAUCCUUUCGCGAUGAAUCAAAAAGUCACAAA